AUGGCACAAUCACCAGGAGAUACUGUCGAUUCGGAAGGCCUCCGUGCCCGUCUGACCAACAAUCCGGCCAAACCUCAGCUUGAAGCUUCUUCAAAAUCCGCUAAGGAUACGGUACAGAGCUUGAACCAUGCCGAAGAAGAGAAGCCGGAGUCAGGACAACGGACAUAUGGGAGAACACCGAACGGAAAAGUAUUCACCGUACCGCACACUCACGACAUGGUCUCCCAACUCCUCUCUCCCACCCAACCGAAGAAUCUUUCUGAUGUCAUCGUCCUCCUCAUCCUAGCGAUCCACAUCUCGGGCUUAUACUUCCUUCCGCCAAGUCUCCAGGUCUUCGCAUUCGGGACCCUUUUCGCAUUCUGGAGACUCUCAUACAAUGCCGGUAUCGGGUAUUUACUGCACAUUCAGUCCAACUACAAAGGUCUGGUGACAUGGGCAAGACGGAGUGGCAUCUUCGAGAACCCGUCCACGGGCAAAAACAAGCUCCCUUGGGCCUACGGCGUGUUGAAACGAGAAUUCGAGACGAAGAUCCCAAAGGAUUACUCGUUCGAGGACGCUCCGAUCGAGUACAACACGUGGCUGUUCUUCCGCAGGGUCGUCGAUCUCAUACUCAUGUGUGACUUCGUGUCUUAUUGUUUAUUUGCGAUGGCAUGUGCCCACCUUCCAGACGAGUCCGUCCUCAUGACCAUCGGCCGCUGGACCGCGGGCGCCGCCCUGUUCCUCUUUAACCUUUGGGUCAAGCUGGAUGCUCAUCGUGUGGUCAAGGACUUUGCCUGGUACUGGGGGGACUUCUUCUUCCUGAUCGACCAGGAGUUAACGUUCGAUGGUGUCUUCGAAAUCGCACCCCACCCAAUGUACUCCAUCGGCUACGCGGGAUAUUACGGCAUCUCCCUGAUGGCUGCGAGUUAUAAAGUCCUUUUCAUCUCCAUCGCUGCUCAUUCAGCACAGCUCGCAUUCCUCGAAUUCGUGGAAAAUCCACAUAUUGAGAAGACCUAUAACCCGGUGGUUCCAUCCAUCGGCCGAGGUCUCGAAAAAGCGGCGGGCGGCGACGACAUCGAUAAAUUGGACUCGGAGAGCGGAACCGGGACUGGCACGCCUGUACCGUCCGGCGGCUACCCUUCGUCGAUUCACGGCUUGUUGGGCCUGAAUAACGUGGAUCUCCACCGAACAACGGAUCUAUCGGUUGGUUUGCUUCAGGUCUACCUGUUCCUAUUUACCGUCCUCACGCCGUCGACACCCAUAUAUCAAGCCGUGUUCGUCGUGAAUGCGCUGAUAUGGCGGAUUUGGUACAGCUUCGGGAUAGGGUACAUCCUCAAUCGCCAAUCUCACAAAAAGAAGUGGACCCGGCAUUUCAUCAAAUACGGGGACGGUAUCGAGGAAGGCUGGCGACAAUGGAAGGGAUUGUAUCAUAUCAGCAUGACCAUGUUCUACGGCAGUUUCGUGGCGGCGGCAUACAAGAUGUACUCGCUUCCGCCGGAUUGGACCUAUGGACUGGCUCUUCUUCGCCAUGUCGUUGGUAUUGCGCUCAUCUCCCUCCAGUUCUGGACGGUCCACAGCAUCUACGCAUCCCUGGGCGAGUUUGGAUGGUUCUUCGGGGACUUCUUUUUUGACCAUGCGCCGAAGCUCACCUACAACGGCAUAUAUCGCUAUCUUAACAACCCCGAGCGAAUCUUAGGGCUCGCCGGCAUCUGGGGCCUUGCCCUCAUCACCUGGAGUCGCGCGAUUUUCCUUCUUGCGUUACUGUCGCACCUACUUGCAGUGGCAUUCCUCGAGCUGGUCGAACGGCCUCAUAUGCAAAAGCUGUACGGAGAAAGCAUUCGAGAAGACUCCGGUAUUUCUCGCAACAUCAAGCGAUCCUUGCCGAAGCAACUCCGCGACUGGCAGGGGAGCAUCGACCGUGCUUUGGGGGAGACAUUCGAGAUCGUCGAACACUUCCUCGAAUCAACAAGUCCCCGCCUUGCGUCUGGCGUCGAUGCUCUAGUCAAGGAAUCGACUACCAAAUUAAAAUCAUAUCCAGCAAAGAUUCGCAUUACCAUGCAAUCAAUCGAUCAAUCACCUGACCAGCAGUACUAUUCUUUAUCCAUUAUAGAUACCCCUUCUAAAUCGUCUGGCGAAUUCGAUCGUGGCAGUGGCCGCGAAGGUGAGCAUGGGCGACGUCCGCAAGAGCAUCGAUCCAAAUUCCGGCCGUUGAUAUUUGAAUACGGUGCCCCGAUUAAAGUUCGAUGGCAGGCGCCUAAAUCACACCACAGAAAAGAUUGGGUGGGACUCUACAUGGUCAGCGACAACAGCUCCCGUGAGGUGACCCAAGUCAGCAGUCAGGGACGAUGGGUGUCCGCGUGUCCUGGAGCAUACGACGAUAGUCGAUCAGAGGAUGGCAUUCUAGUCAGCGAUGGUCCGAUCGAGACCGAGGACAUGAUUGAUCCCGACCUCAUCUACGGCGAGAUGGAAUUCUCUGGCGACAAACUAUGGUGGACGCCCGGCGUGUUCGAAUUUCGAUUCCAUCAUGCUGGAAAGCACAAUGUCAUGGCCAUCUCCUUUCCAUUUGAAAUCAAGGUCAGCAAGUUCGACGACGAUAAUGCCGAAGUCGAUAGCAACGGCCAGAUCCGCGGUUCCAUUGAAGAAGCGUUGCUUUCCGUGGUACGGAAUUGCUUCAACCGUGACCCUGAUAUUGCACCGAGAACGGUCGACGAAAGCUUUGGGAGUCUGAUUGAGAGAGAUGGCAAAUAUGCGAAACGAAUCGUGUUCGCGGUGCAACGGAUGUUCGGGAUUGAAUUUGCUCCCGAGGUGGUUAAAGCGGACGGUAAUGUCAAGAACCUUGCGUGGAGGAUAUGUAAUGCUAAAAACGUUCUGGCUCCGUACAGCAUGUCCACAUCACAGGGUCAGAGUACACCUAAUGAGAUAAAGUACUAG